GAAGCAGCUCCACGCGUCCAGCCAGCCUCGCCGCAGCUGCCAAAAAAUCACCAUGCGCGUCCUCGCCGCCUCCCUCCUCGCCACGGCGUCGGCCAAGGUCUACUUCGAGGACAACUUCGACGCGGGCAUCGGCGACAAGUGGGUGCCCAGCGAGUGGAAGGACGCCGAGUCGACGGGCAAGUGGGUGCACACGGCGGGCGAGUGGUACGCCGAGGGCCAGGAGGCCAUCGCCAAGGGCAUGCAGGCGUCCGAGGACAUGAAGUUCCACUCCAUCUCCGCGCCGCUCGAUUCCGAGGCGACGACGGUGGGCAAGCCGCUCGUGAUCCAGUUCACCGUCAAGCACGAGAAGAAGGACUACGCGUUCUGCGGCGGCGGCUACAUCAAGCUCCUGCCCGGCAAGGUCGACGCCAAGGCCUUCGGGGGCGACACGCCCUACAGCAUCAUGUUCGGCCCGGACCUCUGCGGCUACGACAUCUCGCGCGUGCACCUCAUCUUCGAGCACGGCGGCGAGAACCUGCUCAAGGAGGAGGAGAUCAAGCUCGACUACGCGGACAAGGACGAGUUCACGCACCUCUACACCAUGGUCCUCGAGGCCGACGGCUCCUACGAGGUCUUCUUCGACCAGGUGUCCAAGGCGUCCGGCAAGAUCGUCGACGACUGGGCGUUCCCCGACGCGGAGGUCAAGGACCCGGCCGUGUCCAAGCCCGAGGACUGGGUCGACACGAAGAAGAUCCCCGACCCGGCGGCGGCGAAGCCCGAGGGCUACGACGACAUCCCCGCGGAGAUCCCCGACCCGGACGCGGAGACGCCCGAGGACUGGGACGAGGACGAGGACGGCGAGUGGGAGCCGCCGAUGAUCGACAACCCCGAGUUCAAGGGCGAGUGGAAGGCGCCCAUGAUCGAGAACCCGGACUACGUCGGCGCCUGGGUCCACCCCAUGGUCGCCAACGCCGACUACAAGCCCGAGACCUACGCCAAGUACUCCGGCCUGUCCACGGUCGGCUUCGAGCUCUGGACGGUCAACGCGGGCUCCAUCUUCGACAACAUCCUCGUCACCGACGACAAGGCCUACGCGGACAAGGCCGCCGAGGCCACGUGGAAGAAGCUCAAGGACGGCGACGAGAAGGCCGCCAAGGACGCGUGGAAGAAGCUCAACGAGCCCGAGGAGGACGACGAGGACGACGCGGCCGACGACGAGGACGAGGAGCACGACGAGCUCUAGGCGCGCCGCCGCCGCUCGCUGGCCGCGGGCACCGAGCCCCCGGGCACCUUUUCCGCCCCUGAACUAAACGUCCACGCG